UUCUAUGCGAUCGCUCGUCGGGAAUAGUGGCGUCAUCGGAAUCGAAUUCUGCAUCGCGUCGUAUCAAAACAAUGCCACAGACAGUGAAAGUGGAAACGCAAAACGGCAAAAGUGCCAAAAAUGGCGCAGAAGCUAGCAAAACGAAUGGAACUAAAACGGAACUAGCUGUUCCACACGGCAGGACUCGGCACGUUUCGGGCGGAGUUGAAGAAAUUCUCGAUCCCUUUUGUGAUCCGAAUAAUCCGCAAUGCAUUUCAUUCCACGAUGUCACAUCGGCCGCCUUCUUAAUAAAGGGUGGCGUGGAGCGUACUCCCUGUCCAAAGUCAAAAUCGUCAGAUUCGUACGGCAUGGAUUUAUAUUUGAAAAAGGACUUUCUUCAAUAUACGGGCAGCUUUAAGGAGCGUGGGGCGAGAUAUGCUCUGCUCAGCUUAUCGGAGGAACAGAAGCGAAAGGGAGUGAUCAGCGCAUCGUUGGGUAAUCAUGCUCUGGCACUGUGUUAUCAUGGCUGGAAGUUGUCCAUUCCUGUCACCGUGGUAAUGCCAAAGGCGGCACCAAUUAUGAAAGUACAAAAGUGCCGCAACUACAAGGCACGUGUAGUGGUCGAAGGGCGGGAUAUGGGGGAGGCCAAGUCGCUGGCCAUGCGUAUGUCCAAGGAGGAGGAGCUGCUAUAUGUGAAUGGCUACGAUCAUCCGCACAUUAUGGCCGGCCAGGGUACCAUUGGCCUGGAAAUUCUUGAGCAGGUGCCAGAGCCGGACGCCGUUGUGGUGCCAGUGGGCGGUGGUGGACUUAUUGCAGGCAUUGCUACAGCUGUCAAGGCACUCUCGCCCAACACAAAAAUAAUUGGUGUGGAAUCCGAGAAGUGCGCCAGUUUUACAAAUGCUAUGCAGAAUAAUGGGCCCAUAAGUACAUCGAUCAAAAACACGUUGGCUGAUGGCCUCGCUGUGCCCAAGGUGGGUGUUAAUGCUUAUGCCACAGCCCUGCCACUAAUUGAUCGUAUGGUGGUGGUCAAGGAGGAGUGGAUAGCGGUGGCCAUCCUACGUCUGGUAGAGGAAGAGAAGUGUGUGGUUGAAGGUGCCGGAGGCGCUGGCCUGGCUGCAAUUUUAUCUGGCCAUUUGGACGACCUAAAGGGCAAGAAAGUUGUUGUGCUGCUCUGCGGUGGUAAUAUUGAUACAACAGUCUUUGGUCGUUGUCUGGAACGUGGAUUGGCCGCCGAGGGUCGUUUAGUCAAGUUUAAUGUGGAGGUCAGCGAUCGUCCGGGUGGCAUUAAUGAUCUGUGUGCCCUGCUUGUCCGCGUGGGUGUCUCUAUCAAGGACAUUAUGCAUGAGCGUGCCUGGCUACGCGAUAUCUAUACGGUGGAGGUGAAGGUUAUUUGCGAGACCGUGGAUUGGACCCAUAGUCUGGAGUUGAAGAACGAGCUAAAGAAAUUUUAUUCGAAAGUGCAGUUCUGCGAUGUUCCAAUGGCACUUAAUGAAAGUUCGGAGAGAUAAAUGAUACACUCUAUGCGUAGUAUCUUUUAAUUAUUUUCAUUUUUAUUGUUGCACAAAUUUUGCAAAGCGUUGCAAGAAUUUGAGCUUUAACUUAGAGCUUGAAUGUAUGUAAAUAGAAUUGUAAACGUAGUAUAAAUGUAAAUAGCAUAAAAUAAAUAUACAAUUCAAAUAUAAAGUCAAACCAGCAUCCAGCUAACGCUUAACGCACAGCAUGAGGCAUGACUGAAUAUUUUACAUAUGUUUAAAGUUAAAUACAAACAACUAAAAAUUAUAUAUAUAUGUAUAUAAAUUCAAGACCUUAACGCUAAGAGUUCAUCAAGCA